GGUGUCUCGGUUACUCAAACUCCGCGCAGUGUUACUUCCCUUGCAGUACAGUAAUCACUGCCUUCACAAAUAUCACGUGAUGAUAGAAACGGCACGUGAUUGCAAUUUACAAAAUGGACGGAACACCUUUAAAAGAAAUUCCAGCAACAUGUUUCAUUUGUUUAGAAAAUAAACGAUUUUAUUCCAUAAAAGGAAAAAAUGCAAAACGUUCGAUACAUGUCUGAAUAGCUAACAACACAUCCAUGUUGAUAUUGUAAUUUGUAAAUCCUACUUUCAAUUUGAAAAAAGACCGAACAUUUCCGAAUGUUUUUUUUAAUUGUUAUUUUUUUAUAAAACAUAUUAUGCCUAUCAACUGGCGUAAAGUAAUUAUUUAAGAAAGGAUAUAAGAAUAAAUAUAUAUGAUUAAAAAAAAUGCCAUUAAAAGUUUUCAUCCAAUUUUGGAUGAAAAUCUUGUGGUGGCAGUGAUUACUGUACUGCAAGGGAAGUAACACUGCGCGGAGUUUGUCGGUUACUGCGUUGUUUGUCAGAAUGUGAACAAAUAUCGGUUAUAAACCACCAUUUCAUGAUCAAGCAUAUUCUGAUCAAUGUUCUUUCGUUUCAAAAAAAUAAAAUAAUACUGUUUUUAUUUCAAAAACAUCUCACAUCAUCGACCAGAAAUGUUUGCACCUUACCGUCAUACAGACGUAGUUACCAAAGUCCAAAAGCCGAACAGCUGACCAACUCUUUCGAAAAUAAAUAUGUUUAAUCCAAUUGAGGUCAGAAUCCAUUCUAACCUGGUCAAAUGCAUCCUUAAAAAAUGACAAAAAGGCCUGGUUCAUAUCAAGGGGUCCAACGUAAAUAAUGUUUGCGGAUUUUUAAGUGUGGGACAUGUUCUAUGCAGAACAAAAUGGCAUAUUCUUGGAGUAUUUUGGUGCGUUCAAAGAAUAUUUUCACCUGCUUAUCAAAGUCAAUGGGACCUGCCCAGUUAAUGGAAUAGAGAUCAUCAUCAGAAAAUGGGUUAAAAUCACCCAAUAUUAUAGUGUUCAUUAACCCCGGUCCAGUUACUUGUCAAAUCAGGAAAACAUGGAACUACUCAGAGUUUUUACAAGUUUGGCUGCAGUAAGCCUAGUUGUCGGGUUUUCAGAGCCAGGGCUUUGGAAGAAUACUAAAUUUUCCCAGGAUACAAACUAUUUAGUUUUCCGGAAAAGUAUGUACAAGACCACAGAUGUCUAUGUUACAAUUUCCUGUCCUGAAAAUAAAGACGUGCACUUCACCAUUAAAUGGAUUUUACGCUUCUCGCCAUGUGCUGAGGAGUAUGUGAUGUUUGAUGAGAAGUCUCAGUUUGACCACCUUGCCAAGAUUUAUCUGGAUGAUCCCCAGAGGCAGUAUAUGAAGUUUGACUACCCAGAAGUCGAGUUUAUAGCAGACACAACACAUGCUAAUUGUUCGAAAGAUGGAGUCCAUAAAGUGUACCUGGUGGAUGGAAUACCACCAAAGAUGAAGAAACUGAACAUGACAAAUGUUCAAUUGGUGACAGCAGACAAAGAAGGUAAAAAGGACAACACAGAAACAGACACAGAUGAAAAUGGAGGAGACGACAACGAAGUUCCACCUCCUGAGGACGCUGAUGAGACUGGCGACGAGAAUAAUGAGGGUGCAGGAACUUCAGCAUCCCAACAACCAGCCAAACCUGGUAGCGCUCAGAGAAAAAAGAGGGCAGAUCCUGCUGCUGGUCAAAAGACAGACACUAAAUCCACAUCUACACCAGCCAAAACUAUCUCGACCACCACACCAGCACCUGCUGUAACAGCUAAAACAGAGCAGCAUUCAGCGAUAGUUGGCCGCACAUGGAGAAGCGGCUACUAUGUUCUCAUUCUGGAGUUGAAGAAUCUGGAAUCUGACAGCGAAAAGCCAACAGUUACCGUGGAAAUGAAGGGAAAAACAGGAUACAUAUCAGCGGUAGAUUGGCCCCUGUUGAUUUUUUACGGAGUGAUGGGACUGGUUUACAUCAUCUAUGGACUGGUGUGGAUCGUCCUGCUGGCAUGUAACUGGCGGGACCUCAUGAGACUGCAGUACUGGAUUGGGGCUGUCAUCUUCUUGGGAAUGCUGGAGAAAGCCGUCUUUUACACAGAUUUCCAGAGUAUUGCCAACACAGGAAAUCCCGUGUCAAAGAGCACGAUAGUGGUUGCUGAGGUUGUCUCGUGUUUAAAACGUGCCUUAGCCAGAAUGCUUAUCAUCAUCGUUAGCGUGGGAUUUGGGACUGUCAAACCGAGACUUGGACCCACCUUCCAUAAGGUUCUGUUUGUGGGCGGCCUUUACUUCAUUCUGGGCUCCAUCGAAGGCUGCAUGCGGGCACUAAAGGCGAAGGCAGACCAGUCAAAUGAUCAGAUGCUAGCGGCCGUGCCCCUUGCUGUACUAGAUGCGUCGAUUUGCUGGUGGAUAUUCUCUAGCUUAAUCCAGACCACACGACAGCUUAGACUGAGAAGAAAUAUCGUCAAGCUCAACUUGUACAGGCAUUUUUUCAACACGCUCUUGUUUACAGUAUUAGCUGCCAUAGUUUUCAUGUUGUGGUCCAUAUUCCAAGUUAAAAUGAAAAACUGCAUUAAAUUCAACGAGUUGUGGGUUGAUGAAGCCUUCUGGCACCUGCUAUUUUCUGUAAUACUCGGCAUCAUCAUGUUUCUGUGGAGGCCAUCGUCAAACAACCAGAGGUAUGCCUUUUCUCCGCUGAUUGACGCCUCUGACGAUGAAGACGAGGAGGAAACUAACUUCAACAGUGACGCCUUUGAUGUGAAAACAAGAAAAAAGCAGGCAAAUGGCUCACCAAAAACAAAACAGACCACCAUUGAGGACGAUUUGAAGUGGGUAGAGGAAAACAUUCCAUCAACAAUUUCCGACAAGGCCCACACCUUGAUAGAUGACUCAGACGAGGAAGUUGACAAAUAUGAAGUUUCCAAAAUGCAAUAACCUAUUGAUGCGGAAUCUGUAUUGACAUCAAAUAUUUGUCCUAAGAGUGUUUUUAUCUGUGAUUUAUACAUGCGUAUGUCCAUAAACACAUUAUAUAUGCCCAUAUACAUACAUAUGGCUGUGUUAACAUGUAUGCCUGUAUCCAAAUACGUGCCUGUGAACAUGUGUACCUGUUUACAUAUAUAUGCCAAUGCCCAUACAUUAGCCUGUCUACAUUACAUAUCCUAUGUGCAGACAUAUAUGCCUGUGUACAUAUUGAUGACCUCACUUCCAUAUUUAAGAGCUACAAAAUCCCAUGUUUUCAGAAGAAAAUUUAUUAGUAUUUAAUCUUGGGUUUUUGAUCAGAUGCAUUUUUUUACAAAAUGCUUAAAUUACAAUUUUUGUAGUAACAAUUUCUGAAUGUUCGGCAAUAACACCAUUUUCUCAUUGGACUAUUUACUCUGCAUUUUGCAGUAAGAUGUUGCUUACCUUUUUGAUUUUAUUGAUGUAAAUAUUCUGAAACAGAAAAAAUGCAGCUUUGGCAUUUUGAAUUGAGGUCAUUGAUUUGAAAAUGAAAAUGAUUGUGUGUAUACAUAUGUCUGUGUAAAUGUCUGUACAGAUAUACAUCGAUGAAAAUAGGUAUGACUGUGUACACAUGUAUGUCCGUGCAUAUAAAUCUCCAUUUCAUGAAAAUUAUUGCUGGAUUCUGUUACAUAGAGAGACAGUGACUUGUGCUAAUAAUAAAGGAAAUUGUGUGUAAUUAUUCUGGACAUUAAUGACAAUUAGCUUUGUCUUCAGUUUUUGUUGCUUUCAAGGUUGUGUAACAAGGCUUUGUAAAUCACUGAAGGCUUAUCUAUUUGUGUUUUAUCUGUUCCUAAUCCAAUUCUUGUAAUCUGACAAAAAACAACCUCUACUCUGUUAUAGAACAAAGAAGUUAAAAAUGUGAUGGCUUUCAAUUUUGUUAACUUACCUUUUACUUAUGUUUGAGGUAUUUCAUUGAUUGCAUGAUUUGCAUCUCAUGUUUGAUUGUUUUAAAAGAUGGACUGAUAUGUAUACAUGUAUAAAUGGGACCUUUGCAAGUUGAAGGGGCUGAUAUGUAUACAUGUAUAAAUGGGGCUUUGCAAGAUGAAGGGGCUGAUAUGUAUACAUGUAUAAAUGGGACCUUUGCAAGUUGAAGGGGCUGAUAUGUAUACAUGUAUAAAUGGGAUCUUUGCAAGUUGAAGGGGCUGAUAUGUAUACAUGUAUAAAUGGGAUCUUUGCAAGUUGAAGGGGCUGAUAUGUAUACAUGUAUAAAUGGGAUCUUUGCAAGUUGAAGGGGCUGAUAUGUAUACAUGUAUAAAUGGGACCUUUGCAAGUUGAAGGGGCUGAUAUGUAUACAUGUAUAAAUGGGGCUUUGCAAGUUGAAGGGGCUGAUAUGUAUACAUGUAUACAUGGGGCUUUGCAAGAUGAGGGGGCUGAUAUGUAUACAUGUAUAAAUGGGGCUUUGCAAGUUGAAGGGGCUGAUAUGUAUACAUGUAUAAAUGGGACUUUGCAAGUUGAAGGGGCUGAUAUGCAUACAUGUAUAAAUGGGGCUUUGCAAGUUAAGGGGGCUUAUAUGUAUACAUGUAUAAAUGGGAUCUUUGCAAGUUGAGGGGGCUGAUAUGUAUACAUGAAUAAAUGGGACCUUUGCAUAUUGAGGGGGCUGAUAUGUAUAUAGAUAGGACCUUCCCAAGUUGAGUGGGCAUGGGCUGAUAUGUAUACAUGAAUAAAUGGGACCUUUGCAUAUUGAGGGGGCUGAUAUGUAUAUAGAUAGGACCUUCCCAAGUUGAGUGGGCAUGGGCUGAUAUGUAUACAUGAAUAAAUGGGACCUUUGCAUAUUGAGGGGGCUGAUAUGUAUAUAGAUAGGACCUUCCCGAGUUGAGGGGGCAUGGGCUGAUAUGUAUACAUGAAUAAAUGGGACCUUUGCAUAUUGAGGGGGCUGAUAUGUAUAUAGAUAGGACCUUCCCAAGUUGAGGGGGCAUGGGCUGAUAUGUAUACAUGAAUAAAUGGGACCUUUGCAUAUUGAGGGGGCUGAUAUGUAUAUAGAUAGGACCUUCCCGAGUUGAGGGGGCAUGGGCUGAUAUGUAUACAUGAAUAAAUGGGACCUUUGCAAGUUGAGGGGGCUGAUAUGUAUACAUGAAUAAAUGGGACCUUUGCAUAUUGAGGGGGCUGAUAUGUAUAUAAAAUCCGACCUUGUUGAGAUAAUUGUAAUUCAUUAAUUUCAUAAAAGCUGUUAGUGAUUGUUUUCUUUUAUUCAUUUAUUCAUUAUUUCAUAGCCCCUUGUGAUUUUUUUAUGUACCAUUAUCUUAUUUAAAGAUGUUUGCUUUUCUGUUUAAUACUUGAAACUACUGUUCGAUGUCACCAUCAUUUUUUGUUUUUGUUUAUUGUAUGUAAUUUUUGCAACAAAAAAUAAAUGCUUUGUUAGAUACUUAUAUGUAUAUUGUCAUUAUGUAUAUAUCUCACAAGAAUUUAAUUUCAUUAUGUAGUUAUUUAAGCUUUAAAAUUGUGGUAUUUGAAAAAAUAAUCAUUACCAUGUUUAAAAAUGUGCUCGUGGAAACAUGUUAUUCAAAUGAUAUUUUGUUUACUUCCUAACUUGUUGAGAGCGUUAUAUUUUUUUUCGCCAACAAAUUAUCUCCUAUUUUGGAACGGUUAACAUAGAAUGGGCGUUACCAUGGGGAUUAACUACAACACUAUUCAUUUACACACAUGCUAUUUAUUGAACAUUUUCUUCGACACAAGGUACAAAACGUCACUUGCAACCCCGAUGAUUAAAUCGAAAUACCGCAGGUUGUGGUUCCGUAACUGUUACCCAGCACUGAAAUAACAUCAUGUCAAAUAUGAAGAUAAACAGCAUGGGCAUUGAAAGUAAGAUCAUAAUCCUCACAUGUUUAAUGAAUAGUUUGGCUCAUACUCGUAGUUUGGUAAACAUAGUUUAUGCUAUUUUUUUCUCUUUCACUCGCGUAUUAUGUUAUUAAAGUUAUGUUAUUUAUUCACUUUUAUUUUAUUUUUUGCUUGAACCAGAUAAGGUAUUAUUCACUGCCUAAUUAAAUAGAAUAAUCACACAAUGAAUAUACUAUUUAUCUGGGGGGAUGUCAAGUUGUUCCUGGAAGGAUUUAAACAAGACUAUGUUGUUACUUUUAACCAUAAAGGGAAAAAAGACUUAACAGUAAGAAUAACUGAAUUCUAUUAUCGUUGAACCAGUUUUUGUCACUAGUGUUCAUGAGAAUUGUGCUUCAUGGAUUUGAAGUUGAACUUUGCAUAUGCUGGUUAUAUGAGUGUAAAUUUACUAUGUAUGCAUAAUUGUACCUUUAUACUACAUUUGGUUUCAUGUUCAUGAUAAAAAAAAUGGAAAUAAAUGCAAUAAAAAAUA